AUGGCUGGUAGAACUAUAGAUGAGCAAGCAACGCUUGGAGAACUAUAUAAUGAUGGUUUCUCGGAAGUACCUCUGUCAAAUAAUGAAGAGAUGCCGGAUACCCCAAAUUCGCCUUCCACAAAAAAUCCGCCGAAUGAAGAUUAUAACUAUGUCAAUACCGAGCAAGUGAAACGUUAUACCUGUCCGUAUUGCACAAAGAGUUAUAUAAACACUCGCGAAUCGAUGUCACAUAUUGCCCCUGUUGAUAUGGAACAAGAGGAGGUUCUUAAAUGCCCUCAUUGUGAAAUCCCUUCCAUCAGAGAGAAAUUACAAUUCACGGAGGAAACAAUAGAAGCAAGACCCAGAAAAAUCUACACACCGAUUUCUACGGAAGCGAAACGUUUUUUAUGUCCGUAUUGCAAGAGGGCAUUCAAUACUUCUUUCGAAACGAUGUGGACCAUUGUCCCUAAGAUUACCGAGCAAGGAGAACUUCUUACAUGUUUGUAUUGUGUAGAGUCUUCGCUGAAAAGCACUUUGGAAUCUCAUGCCGAUACGAUGUUCCGCAAGUUUCCUCACAUUGCCAUCCCAGCCGAUGAAACCAGUUCCUCGAAUAGUAAAAUUCAUCCUUCGCACCAAACAUCUUUCCCAGACCAGGCUUCAACUGGUACACCAUCAUCACAAUUUUUGGAAGGGAUCAUUCACACACCAGCUUCUCAAAUUUCGCCUGAUCAGCAACCGGCCUUCCAAACUAUUCUCGAUCAGCAAUCAGCUAUCCAAAGUACCACCAAUCAACACUCAGUAUUCCAAUUACCCUUUAAUCAACAACCAGCUUUCCAAUCUAGCUCACAUGAACAACCAGUUUUUGACUCGAACUCCCAUCAACAACCAACUUUCCAAUCUAAUCUUUAUCAACAAAAUCCAGCUAUUUACCCUAACCCUAGUCCGCAGCCAGCUUUCCAAAUCACUCUCGAUCAGCGAUCAGGUAUCCAAAAUAUCACUAAUCAAUACCCGGCUUUUCAAACUGCCUUUGAUCAACAACCAGCUUUCCAACCCAGUCUGAACCGACCAUCGAUUUCUCAAUUGAGUUUCAAUCAGCAAUCAACUUUCUCACCCACCCACCAUCAACAACCAGCUUUCCGAACUAAUCCCUAUCAACAACCUAUCGCACGACCUACCCUCGAUCAACAACAGCCAGCUGUUCGGUCUAAUUUUAAUCAACAAUCAACUUUUGGCUCUAACACUGAUCAAGAAUUGGCUUCCAACCCCUUUUCCCAAAGCGAUCCAUUUGAAACGUAUAAAUGCGAAUCCUGUGACUUAGAAUUCUACUCUCAGAGGAUUCUGUCAUUGCAUAAAGGCCAAUGCUGCGAAUCUAAAGUGGGGUAUUUCUGUCCGGAACGAAGUUGCUAUUUUCACCGAGAAAAUCAUGAAAAGGGGUUUUUGCACCUAGAAAAUUUGCGGAGACAUGUGCGAGAGAAACAUAACUAUUCACACGAUUAUCUUGUUUUGCGAGAUUAUAGAGGUGAAGUCAGAGAUUCACGUGCACUUCUUGGAUCGCGUUUUCUUUGAUUGGUAGACUUCUCGGGGACGCGGCAUUCAUGUAUUUGGCGGAGAGGGAUAUCUACGAUUGCCCAUUCAGCGGGAAAAUCACUCUUGGAUUUUCCGGGGGGUAUAGCGCUACUUUAUAUACUAGGUAUCAGAGAAUCACAGCUUCACUUCCUUCUACAUUCUUUAUAGAAUAUCGAGAUUUCAAAUAUUCUUUCAGAGUACUUGUUUGGCAAAACUACUCGUAGUUGAAUGACUGACUG